CUACUACAUCGACUGGAUCGAGAAGCUUUUGUUCUUUUUUCUUUCUUCUUUCUUUUUCUUGCUUGAAGAGUUUGUUUUCUUUGAUCUGAUCUUUUCCUCUCGAGCAGGAAGAGACUCCAUGGCUGUUGCUAUCGAACGCUUCUCCAUCAGAGAGUAUGCUUCGAAGAUGAGGAGUGUUAAUGUGGAGAAGUCUUGGCCGUUUCAUGAUAAAGAAACGAUGAAGAAAGAAGAGCUGGCGGCAAAGCUUCCGUUGAUGAAAUGCCCGAAAUAUCGGUGGUGGAAGGAUGAGGUGGAGGCGAUGAGAUCUAAAUCUUCUAAUUUUCCUGCUAAUAAGUCUGAUGUUGAUGUUGUUGAUGAUGAUGAAAACGGUAAGAAGAUUCUAGAAGCAACUGNGGGGUAG